CACGAUUUUCUACUAAUAAAAAAGUCUCACUUGCUAAAAGGGAUCCAUUCCACGGCAUUAAUUCCACCGUCAUCGCUGCACUUGAAGGGAGCAAGUAGUUAUCAGACAUGGACAACAAGAAGAGGCGAAUCAGGUUUUGAUGGCGUCUUUGAUGGCACAAGAAAAUCAAGUCAACUUGUUUCCAGAGAUCAGGACUCGCUUUGUUGGUCAAGUUAUGAUGUGUCCAUCCAAUCCAGGAGAAGGAUGCAUGCAUAUUAAUUAUUCCACUUUCCAAAGAUACUUACCUUGUAUGUCCAGCCAUUUGUACAUAUUUACCUGUUUCUAGCUAGUCCUUCUACGCUGGAGGAGUGCAUCAGAACGACGCGUGCCUGGAGGAUGGAUAGAACCUUGGGAAUUACACUCGGACCAUGCAACAAGUCGAAGUUUUUCAGCAUAUUUCAGAAUUUUAUUAUUAUGCCGAACUGAAUUUCAGCUACAGUGUUGAUAACGUAGUGAUCGUUCCUAAUAAAUAAUUACGUAAUAUUAAUUCUGACUGAAUAUUGUUUAGAAGGUUGUGCAUACAUACAUAAUCGCAACAUGUGGGUACAAUUUUUUCGCCAUCGGGCACCAGCAGUGGUUACUAUUGUGAUAUUCUUAUUAGGAAAUGGAUUUCCUUCCACAAAGUCAGAAACAGCCGAAAAUAGUCUGCACAAAGUCAAACUUGUUAGAAAUAUCCGUGACUCACACUCUGGCCAGCUUUUCGGGGAUGCCGUUGAGACGGAAAAUAAUAUGGGGAAAAAGGCUGGCAAGGAUUUAGUCGGAUUUUUGCCUCUUCCUCCGGGUUACAACAAAUUGGUCAUUCCUCUGGGAAAUGUCAGCAAAGAAAUUUUUGUCAUGGUUCACCUUUCCAUCAGAGAAGUGACGGAUGUCGAUUACAACAAUGGGAUAAUUGAGCUUGACACCGAGCUCGGGAUCACUUGGAUAGAUUGGGAAGUUUGGAAGUUUUUUAUUGAAGAUGAAGAAGCUCAGAAAAAGGCGGCUGAUGGACCUGAAGAGAUCACGCUCGACGCAGAGUUUCUCAAACAAAUCUGGAAGCCAGAUAUUUUCAUAGAGGAGAUGGAAUCCGUCGAAAGCACAUCCAUCCUCACCAAGCUGGUAAAUCUUCGUUUCCUCGUUAAAAAUCCGGUGAUGCCUGGUGCCAUAACGUUCGAGGCGAGACAAACGUUCAAAGUGCGGUGCGAUAUGAAUUUUGAAUAUUAUCCGGCAGACAUUCAAGUGUGCCCUAUGAACAUAAGAUCAUAUUCAUACACCCAAGAACAACUAUUUGUUCUGUGGAAUCCAUCUCAAAGUGUGUUUCUCGACCAGACAGAAGAUUCCAAUUAUGAUUUCCAAGUUUCCGAUGUCGAACCGGGAGGACGGCUUUAUGAAAUGUUUACAAAGUCGCAAGCACCCUGCUGUCAACACCGAAAUUAUUCCACCCUGUCUUUCAAUCUCCAAAUGAGAAGAAAUAUCAACUAUCACUUUGUACAGACCUGCCUUCCUUCCAUUUUACUCAUUUUAAUCACUUGGCUCUGCUUCCUACUUCCACCGGAUAUGGUGGAAGUUCGAAUUGGUAUUUCUAUGACCACGCUACUCACGUUGACCGCAAUGUUCGGUGCAGUACGGGAACAAUCACCUCAGGUUUCAUACACAAUGGCAAUAGAUAUCUGGAUGGUGUUCUGCAUGUUCCUCCUCUUUUUGGCACUGGUCCUAUUCACAUUCAUCUAUUGGUUGCGUAGAAAAUCGAGAGAAGAUGCCGAAAAGGAAAAUUCCGCAAAACUCGACAGCAACGAGGCCGAAUCCGGCUUAGAAUUAGUCCGUCCCGACCUCAAGACCAGGACUUACACCGGCCUGGGAAAGAACAUCAAAAAGUACUCAUUUUGGUCAUUCGCCAUAAUUUUUAUCACAUUCCUCACCCUGUACGGAACCUGGUUAAUCGUCGCAUCCGAUUAUUACGCGUGGGACCCGUCGCCCAAAUAUAACUCGCUCCCAACCCUUGAAAAUGGGACGGAGACAGAGAAUCGGCUAUUUUCCAGGGAGGAAACAGAGUUCAAACCAACCUCGAAAAAGAAAGUGGUCGAAUCCACGUUCCGUUUUAAGGAUAUCUUUAAGCACGUGAUUUUCCCAAAGUUGCAAGAACUGGAGGCCAAACGCGGCGGUGGGAGUGAAAGCGAGGAAGAAUAUGUAGAGUCAGAGGAAACCACGAUGGCGAGUAUCACCGAAAAAAUUGGGGAUGAUCCUUAAAUGCAAUAUUUUAAUUUAGAUUAGUUCACAUAAAAAUAUGCAAAUAUUUGCUACAUUACGUAAUUGCUCAUUUGUAACUGUCGAGGGGAUGUCAGAUCCCAGUGUAAGAUAGGAAGACAUUGAUAUUCUUGAUUAUCCACGUACUCUAUUACAUAUGCGAAUACAUAUGCAUCUGUAUGCAUACGGACAAGCUCAGCUAGUCCUAAACUUGUCUCAAGUGCAAUAAAAUUGUUAUCGUUAAGCAGAAAAAAACAUG